AUGAUAUGUCCAACGAGGUAUAGAGGGCGAUCCAAAAACUCUACAUUGUCAUUCAUGUUGCUCAUCUAGAUGCUCAUAGGCAAUUUGGAGUAUAAACUAAUUAAAAGCAUCAGAUCGACGCCUCUACAAAAUGGACAAGACAAGACAAUUGACAUGGACAUCAACACGAAGAAUGAAAGAUACACUAAGAUUGAAACAAAAGGAGAUUUUAAAUUUUGUUUUUCUCCUUGUAAAAAAAAAUAAAAAAAAAUAAUAGUGCAUGUAAAUGGUGUGAAAGAUUUAGUUUGUAACUUUAAGGAGUCAUGUUAAAUGUUUUUCCUCCUUCAAUAAAGAAAAAGAGAAUUUUGUGCAAAUCGUAGGAUGUUCCAAACUUUGUGGGGAAUGAUUUUCAAAGAGGAUCUUAUUAAUAGAUAAGAAUUUGGCUAUCUAAAAUUCUGA